AUGAGAAAAUAAUUGAAUUGUUUAAAUUCUUUGUUCACCUUACAGCUUUUGAUAGUAAGCUUAUUUAAUGUGGAUCAAAUGCAAUUAAUCUAUUAACUGAAUUAAAAAGUUGAUCUUCGAUAUUAAUGCUUUCAGAAUAUCAGAAUAAAGAAUACAUUAUUAAUUGGUGGUAACUUUGUUUGA